UUAUUGUGGGUGUCUACUUCCUUCAAAACUAAAACUAACGAACAUUUGCAACGACCGUACAGAGGGCGCAGAAAUUUAUUCUUGGUGGCGUCAAUUUGGAAGAUGAACAAAUAUACGUUUCUAUGUGUCCUGUGCAUUUUGUGUAUAGUUCGUUCAGCUACAACUUCCAAAGCAGAGCAGAGUUCCCAAGACAUAACCAUCAAAUUGCGCACCAAAAGGCAGAGAUGUCAAGAUGGCAAUUACCAAUAUGAAAACAAGACAUGCUGUCUCUGUGCUGCUGGCCAUCAUCUGGACAGCCACUGUAGUAUGAACACAGACGAUGGGACCUGUAUUCUCUGUGAGCUAGGCAGAACCUACAACAGUUACCCAAACUUCCUGGACUCUUGUGAGCCCUGCACAUCUUGCAACCCUAAAGCCAAUCUGGAGGUGGAGGACAAAUGUACCAUCAUCAGGGACACAGUGUGUCGAUGCCAGCAGGGCCACUACUGUGACAAGGGGAAGGUGCACUGCAGGGCCUGCUACCCGUGUACCAUAUGUGGGGAUGAAGGUACCAAGGUUGCCUGUACCACCACCAACAACACCAUAUGCCAUGACUACCAAAAACAAGGAGGAGGAAGAACUCAUGCAGCAGUACUUGGCUCAGUUAUGGUUAUUGCAGUUUUUCUUAUUUUUUGCUGUCUGAGGCGAACAAAUAAAUGUUGUUUUGGGAAAAAGCUGGGGCAAAAUGAUGGUUUGACCAAAAUGCCCAACCAGAAUUUAGAGGUAGCUGAGGAAAUGCAGCCACUGAGGGGUAUUGACCUCUGGCCACAUCUCCCAGAUAUCGCUAAGACCUUGGGGUGGAAGGACAUGAAACAGGUGGCCGAGCGCAGUGGGAUGACUAUUGCCACCAUAGAAUCCCACCAGCUAAACUAUCCCAAUGACUCCGAGGAGCAGUGCUCCAGCCUACUUAGGGCCUGGGUGGAGAAGAAGGGGAUGACCACAGCCUCUGAGACACUGAUCCAUACUCUACGCCGCAUGAAUAAAAAUGCCAAGGCAAAUAAUAUCAUGGCUAUCAUCAGCAACAAGGAAAACACAGUUUCGAACUCCGGGGUAGAACAAGUGUAGAUACCGUACGGUCAGUGGUACUGUCCAUGCCAGUACUAAGUACCUAUGUGCAAAUAGUUUGUUGAAUUACCUGUUUGUUGCAUUAUAAAAUAUAUAUUUAUAUACAGUUGAAGUCGAAAGUUUACAUACACCUUAGCCAAAUACAUUUAAACUAAAUUUUUCACAAUUCCUGACAUUUAAUCAUAGUAAACAUUCCCUGUUUUAGGUCAGUUAGGAUCACCACUUUAUUUUAAGAAUGUGAAAUGUCAGAAUAAUAGCAGAGAGAAUGAUUUAUAUAAGCCUUUAUUUAUUAAAUCACAUUCCCAG